AUGGCACUGACUGUAGGAAAUCAGGAUGAGAUUGAUAACGGUGCUCAUCAUUUAAUUAAGAAACGUCAGUCUGGUUGUAAUUGUUUUAGUGGUUUCGCUUGUUCUAGUGAUCUUUAUUUCGAUAGUACUUGUAGUUGUAUGAUGUGUGGUUCUCCCCCUCCUCCUCCGCGUCCUACUACUCGCCCUACAACUACAACGACUACCACUAUUGAUUCUGCUCGCUGUAAUAAAAUUUGUGUUGGUCGUCGUCGCACUACUCGCGAUCGUUGUCCUUCCUGUUAUUCUGGUGCUGAGAAAUAUCCUGGUGGUUAUUAUUGCUGUGGUGGUAAUAGUGGUUCUACUUGUGGUGGUUAUUUUGCUGAUACUACUUGUGCUUGUCGUUAUGAGGGUACUACUACUAUUAGUCUUACAAAUGAUUGUGUUGCUUAUGAUGGUGGUUGUGGUUAUUUUAGUAGUAUUAAAUUCGAUGGUGCUUGCGCUUGUUUCACUUGUAGCUAA